AAUUGAUUCAAUAAUAUCCAUGAACUUCUCGACACCACAACGCAUGCAAUCAUCACAUAAACUUACAUAAACAAUAAACCAUUUUUCAUAUACUUUUGAAAGAUACUAAAAAUUGCUAUAUAAAUGGUAAGAGCGUUAGGAAGCAAGUGGUAGUGGAAAUCACAACAACAAACAACAGUGAAAGAUAAAUUCAGCAUAACAAAACAAAAUGGAGUCACGGAAGAUUAACCUAAUGGCGACAGCAAUAGCUUUAAUAGUGGUGGCUAUGGUGGUGGCAGCUGCUGAUGAUAAGACGAAAGACAAGGAGGAGUGUACGGAGCAGCUGGUCGGUAUGGCCACGUGUCUUCCUUACGUGCAAGGACAAGCAAAAUCUCCGACGCCAGACUGUUGCUCCGGUCUCAAACAAGUUCUUAAUUCAAACAAGAAGUGUCUUUGUGUGAUCAUUCAAGACAGGAAUGAUCCUGAUUUGGGUCUCCAGAUCAACGUCUCUCUAGCUCUCGCACUUCCUUCUGUUUGUCACGCCGCUGCUGACGUCACUAAAUGCCCUGCUUUGCUUCACUUGGAUCCGAAUUCUCCAGAUGCCCAAGUCUUCUACCAGCUAGCUAAAGGUUUAAACAAAACCGGCCCAGCCUCUGCUCCCACUGGCUCGUCCCCUGGACCUAUAAGCAUUUCUCCGACUUCAGGAUCCGAUGAUGGUAACAACAGUGGUCGAACGACCUCUGUGCCAGGCAGGAACCACGCUCAAAGCUUCUAUAAACAAUGGCUGGGGCUCGAAGUUGUGUUCCAUUUCUUCGUAAUUUUUUAUAUUUUCAUCCUCGUAUAGAUAAAUAAUGAUAACGAAAACUGAAAAGCAUGUGAUGUUGAUUAGUGAAAUUGCGGUGACGCUGAUUUUUGCAGUUACUGUUUUGAUUGGUGUAUUUAAUUCUAGUUCGAGAACUCUUCUUGAUAUUUUGUGUGACGCAAUACGAGCUACAGUUUUUCUAUGUCUCGUAUGUUUUUAUCAGUUUUAUCUGAAAUACUAUAAUCACUUACAAAAAACAAACACUAAAUUUUAUUAUGUGGUUGUGC